GCUAUGCAGGCUUAAAAUGAGCGAGAACAAAAAAUACAGCAGGUAUUUCGAUUACUGAUUAUUCAUAAACUUACUAUAAAACUCGUUUUUCUCGAAAAGCUUAUAUUAGAACCUUAUAACUCUAAGCCAGUAAUAUGUGGUCACUGUUAGGCAACAUUCAGAGGUAAAAUGCAAUUGAAUAAUCAUAAAAUCAAGAAACACCCUGACUGUAUUGCAUCCAUUUCUAGUAAAAUAUAUGAAUAAGCAUGUGCUUAUAAAACUGCAAUCAAUAGUAAUUUUGCCAUAUGUGGAAAUAUACAGAUUGGGUGUAAUGUGAUAUUCAAAAGGACAUGGAGACUGAAUGCUCAUAUACUCAGGAAAUAUCCUUAGUUUAUUUCAUCCGGUUCUACAAAUAUAUUAUGUUCUAUCCACGCACCGAGGGAACGCGAACGGGAAAUGUGUGCGUUCUAUACAGGCUGUCCGCAAAGUUGGGAUUUUACACAGCAUAUAGAUAAUGACAAAUAAACUGUUUUUCCUAAUAGCAUAUACACCAGUCUAAAGAUAACCUACAUCAUGUCGAAAAUGAAAGGUGAGAAGGCAUCUUUAGGAUUGUCAUUUAGGUUUUUCGGGCUGUUGAGCCGUGGUCGGGUUGGAUUUGAUCCAGAGCUUUCGGCUACGUCUGCGGUAGCCAUCUUCAGUGGCGCUGUCGGCAAGAGCGAAGUGCUCGGCUUGGCGGGUCGACUGAAACUGAUCCGUCAACUGGAUGGGCGUGGGGUUUUAUAGGCGAUCGGCAGACUGAGGAUUGAGCUGUCUGGUGGGGGUACUCUGGGUCCCUUGAGUGACGUGCUUUUAGCGCAGUGAUUUUUAGAAUUGGAAACCACGUUUUGUUUAAAGCAAUGGCGUCUUCUUUUCUAUUGAAAUUAUCAUUGAAGAUGGCUACCGCAGAUGUAGCCGAAAGCUCUGGAUCAAAUCCAACCCGACCUCGGCUCAACAGCCCGAAAAAUCUAAAUGACAUUACAAUUAGCCGUGAAAGCCUUCAUUCUUCAAUUUCAUCUUUAGGAUUGUUUGCAAUUUUAUUGAGGGUUCCAAUGAUUUGUAUGCCUGGAAUACCGUCGAAAGCUUAUAUUUGUAGAGUGGCCUUGAUGGUUAACCCUUAAUUACUCGCAUGGGGUCAAAGCAGUUUCGCAUUCAAAAACGAAGGAUUUCCCGCGGUCCUAAUUUCCCCGCGCCCCCGCUAGCUUGAGACCGCGCGUCGACGUUUGUGUUUUAGUAGCGACGAUGUCACAGGAGUCUAAGGACACGUCGUUGCGCUUUUGAGCAGUGACCCCGUGCGACUAAUUACGUUACUUUUUUGAAAAAGGUAAGUUGCUUAUUUUAUGUAUUUUUUGUGUUUUAUUGAUCCGAUUUGUAUUAUUGAAUGUCCAGUUUAUAAAUUUAUUUAAUAAAUAUGUUUUGUGUAGUUUUAUAAAAUGAAAGUACCGAAAAAUUACGUUUUACUAUGAGUUUUGU